UUCCCCCAAGUCAAACCGUUCGAUGUUGUAGAAAUGGAGAUAAUUCCGCUGCAUUACGGAGCACAAGUUGGGAUUUAUGACGAGGAUCAUGAGGCACAAGGCCGAACGGCAACCGACUACGCGGGUCAGGACUACGAUGAAUGUUAUGAUAGGUGCGAACAAGAGUGUGGCGAGGAGGCGUGGCGAAUCGCGUGCUGCUCACGAGUCGGGAAGAUCGCCAUCCUUGUCAUGUCAAUCAUUGUAUUAUAUCUUAUCAUAUCAGCAUUAACGCCCUCCGAAAGCACACACAAGACGGACCUCAACGAGCCGCGGCCUGGUAUUAAUUUAACAAGAGCCAAUCAAGUACUCACCGGAUUAUGUGAUGCCUAUGAGCGAGGAGACGUUUCCGGAGACUCUUGUAAUCGACUUUGCUAUGAUCGAAACUGGCUUGUCACUGACUUUUACGAAGGGCACAAGACUGUGGUCAUAGUGAAAGAUGGCGGACAGAUUGCUGUCUAUAAAAGCACAAAACCGUUUAUGGAUCAAUUCGACGAGCCGAAAGACCAUCUGACGGAUGCAGAGUUCUCGGAUCGAGUAGUCGAUAUGGUGAAUGAUGAGCUGAGACUCGGAUGGCCGAAACACUAUCGACGGCAUUUAAUGGAGACUGUGUGGCCGACACUGUUACGGACCAAGGGAGAAGCCAUGUCGAAAGCGGAUCGACGAUCCUUGUGGGCUUUGUUAAAGCAGCCUGAAUUCAUCCUGUUCCGAGUGUUACCGUUGACACGUGUCACGCCGAAGCUCAUUGGGACGUGUGGACAUAUGUAUCAGACUGAGUCACUGGUGGCGUUCAAGAUGAAAGGGUAUUAUACGAAUUUGAAGGCAAAAAUCUUGGUGCAUGUCAUGGGAACCCUGAAGCUCUUAUACGAAUUUCUCGACGAACCCCUUCAAUGGUGUGAUGUUCGAUUUGAUAAUCUCGGGUUAUCAGCAGAUUAUCCGAAAAGAUUCGCUCUAAUGGACGGUGACAUGGUGUACACGAAAUCGAAAUUGGAUUCUCUCCUAAAAGGACGUCCGUGUGAAAGUGAUAAUGAUUGUAAAAUUGGAGACUGUGAGGCGAGAUGCACUUCUAAUAUGGUGUGCUCGUCGAGGAGUAACGGGAAUUUGGAGGUCUUCUGCGAUAAACUGGUCAACAAACUGUUCGCAAAUCAAUGGUCCAAAAAUAAUAAAUAUUUGGUCGCAUGCCGGGAUACAGGACGAAAUAUCACAACUCGACUCAACGAAUUACGGUUAACAUGGUCAUGGAAUCUGCCGGAUGUUUAAAGGAAUCUAGCUCAAUUCUUUCUUUUUUUUUCUUCUACUCCAUGUGUCAAAAAAUCCCCGUGUCUUAUAAUUUUCUGGUGCUUUUUUCCAUAUUUUCCUUUUUUUGUGUUCUGGCUCAUUUUUCCAUGGCUCACAGAGCCCGAAAGCUUAGGAUUUUGAAAUUUUAUUCGUUUUUUUCUCAUAAUUCUGUCAUCAUUUUUUGCUCUGCAUCAUCAUCAUCAUCGUCAACAUCAUCGCGUUUUAUUAUGGGUUCAUGUAUUAUUACACUUUCCUCGAAAAAAAAUUUUGACGAACGUGUAAUAUGUUUCACCUUGUCUCAUUUGUACCUCGUUCAUUGUUACGGGUUUGAAGUUUUAAAACUCUGAAUUUAUAUGAAGAAUUUUAAUUUAAA